CGAUCAGGCCAUCAUCGCGCUGCGUCAGUUUUAUUCAAGCCUUCGAAAAAGUACGGUUCUUCCGCGUGAAAUCCGCAAAGUACCGCGCGAGGUGUCCAGUGUGUGUGUGACUAAUAGAAGUUUUCUUUUCACCGGAGCUCGUGUUUGAGGGCCUUUUUGUGAACCGGCUAGCGCGUGUGCGGCCACUUCCGGCGUGAAGUGUAAAACGGAAGCGAAGAAGAAUAAAGGAAGGAGUGAAAAGUGAGGUUUUUCUUGUAAAACGGAAACGGCACUAGGGGAACCAUGUCCGUCAUUGGAAUAGACUUUGGCAACGAGGCGUGCUACGUUGCGGUGGCCAAGGCCGGCGGCAUCGAGACCAUCGCCAACGAUUACAGCCUGCGGGCCACUCCAUCAUGCGUUGCAUUCGCCGGUCGAAACCGCGUGCUCGGCGUGGCCGCCAAGAACCAGCAGGUGACCAACAUGAACAACACAAUCGGUGGCUUCAAGCGGCUACUCGGCCGUAAGUUCAACGACCCGCACGUCCAGGCCGAGCUGCGCAAGGCCCCGUACCGGGCGGAACAGCGGCCGGACGGUGGCAUCGGGAUACGGGUCAACUACCAGGACGAGGAGUGCGUGUUCAGCCCCGAACAGAUCACGGCCAUGCUGUUCACCAAGCUCAAGGACGAUGCCGCCAAGGAGCUCAAGACACAGAUCAACGAUUGCGUCAUCACCGUGCCGUCGUUCUUCACCAACGCCGAGCGGCAGGCCCUUCUGGACGCCGCAGGCAUCAGCGGGCUGAACGUGCUGCGGCUCGUCAACGAAACGACUGCGACGGCCCUCAGCUAUGGCUUCUACAAGCAGGACCUGCCCGCGCCGGAGGAAAAGUCCCGCAACGUGAUCUUUGUCGACUGUGGCCACUCGUCGCUGCAGGUUUCGGCGUGUGCCUUCCACAAGGGCAAGCUAAAGAUGCUGGCCAGCUGCGCGGACCAGGUCGGCGGGCGGGACUUUGAUUACGCGCUGGCGGAGCACUUUAGCAACGAAUUCCAGACCAAGUACAAAAUCGAUCCCAGGACGAACAAGAGGGCUUACCUGCGUCUGCUGACCGAGGUGGAGAAGCUGAAAAAGCAAAUGUCCGCCAACAGCACGAAGCUGCCGCUGAACAUCGAGUGCUUCAUGAACGAGAUCGAUGUGCACGGGACGAUGCAGCGGCCGGAAAUGGAGCAGAUGUGCGCGGGUCUUCUGCAGCGCAUCGAGGCCACCAUGAAGAAGCUGCUGGCGGACUCGAAGCUGGCCCUGGAGGACAUACAUUCCGUCGAGAUUGUCGGUGGCGGCAGCCGCGUUCCGUCGAUCAAGCUGCUGAUUGAGCAGAUCUUUGGCAAGACGGCGAGCACCACGCUGAACCAGGACGAGGCGGUCUCGCGAGGUGCGGCGCUGCAGUGCGCCAUCCUGUCGCCUGCGGUUCGCGUGCGUGAGUUCGCCUGCAGUGACGUGCAGGCCUUCCCGGUGUUGAUCUCCUGGGAGGACAGCACCCAGCGCAACGAGAUGAAAGUGUUCGAGCAGUACCACACGGCUCCGUUCUCGCGGCUGUUGACCGUGCACCGCCGCGAACCGUUGACCAUCAACGUGCACUACGAGCCCAACUCGGUGCCCUAUCCGGACCCAUUCAUCGGAUCGUUCCACAUCAAGGACAUUAAGCCGAAUGCCAACGGUGACCCGCAGGAGGUCAAGAUCAAGGUGCGCAUCAACCAGAACGGCAUCGUGCUGGUUUCGAGCGCCACCAUGGUGGAGAAGCGCGAAUCCGAGGAACCCGUCACGCCACCGGCCACCGCCGCCAACGGAGACCAACCUCCGACGCCCAACUCGCCCCAGGGCGAAGACGCUCCCAAAACCGGCGAACCCAUGGACAUCCAAGAGGGUAGCGAUGAUGAGCAGGCUAGAAAUGAGCAGGAUAGUAAAUCCGACGCCGAUAACAGUGGAGGAGGUGGAGGGAGUUGGACGCAAAGGGUCAGCAGAUGGUUUACCUCUUCGGACAAGAAGAAGAAGGUGACCACGAAGAACAUCGACCUGACCAUCGAGGGCAAGACGCACGGCUUCGUCAGCACCGAGUUGACUAACUACCACGAAUUGGAGAUGAAGAUGAUUGCCAACGAUCGCCAGGAAAAGGAGCGCGUUGACGCGAAGAACGCGCUGGAGGAGUUUGUGUACGAGGUGCGUGGCAAGAUCCAGGAGGAUGGUGAGCUGAGCGCGUACAUCGAGCAGGACGACGCGUCCAAGAUCUGUCUGCAGCUGGAGGACACCGAGAACUGGCUGUACGAGGACGGGGAGAACUGCGAGAAGGCGGUGUACAAGGAUCGGCUGGCCGGGUUGCGCCAACAGGUUGACCCGAUCAAGGGCCGUGCCGACGAGUACCAGGGCCACGAGCAGGCCUUUACCGAGCUCGGUCGUACCGUCCAGCUGACGUUCAAGGCCGUCGAGCAGUACCGCGCCAAGGAUCCAAAGUAUGACCACCUGACCGAGACGGAGAUCCUGAACAUUAGCGAGGCAGCCCAGAAGGCACAAAAGUGGUACGAGGAGGCCCGGUCGAAGCUGGUCGCGGUCAAGAAGACGCAAGAUCCGCCCGUCAAGGUCGCGGACAUUCGCCACGAGAACCAGACCCUGUCGACGUGUAUGAACUCGGUGUUGAACCGCCCCAAGCCGAAGCCUCCGACCCCGCCGGCGGAUACGGCCAAGGACGGUGCGCCCCAAGCGAACGCCAACGGCGACCAGGCCAAGGAGCAGGACCAGCAGCAAACGGACGCCGCCCCCAAGGACUUGGAGGACAAGAUGGACGUCGAGUAAUGUGUAGUUAAUUCGUUUUUUGCGUUUAUUUCUUCCCCUCCCCACUUGCAAGCAACAAACAAAUCUUUAUUAUUUUAUCAUUUAAUAUGAAGAUUAACUGCGAAUGAGCGACGAUGAUCGAACGCGUGAACGAGAGAGAAUGAUUCCACACCUUCCCGUCACUCCCCCCUCUUCCUACUAGUAGAUAUGUAAAAAUGCAAAUGCUUGUAUUUGUUCUAUUUUUCUCUUUAAUUUCCACUUGAAUCAAUAGACGAUAAGAUUGACACGCAAACACACACACCUUGAAAUAAACAAACCAAUGCACAGCAGCACGACCUCUUUCAUAACACACACAAUACCAACAAAUUGACUUAAAUUUGGGCGCCCAAAUCGGGCGGUCGAAAAAGAAAAACGUUCCUUUAAUCACUUUUCCCCCUCUCCUUAAACAACUACUUACGCCCCGCCCCCAAUUCGCGCAUUAUUUAUUAGUGUUACAAAACAGAAGAAUAAACAGAUAUUGAGUGUGGUGAUUAUGAGCUUUUAACUGGAUCUAACACAAAAAACGAGCGAAAGAGAUAUGAAAUAGGCAAGGCAAAGUUGUUUCAAAGCAUUAGUAAUUACUCUAGUAAUCAUUUAUGACAGAAAGAAA